GCCGAGCGGCCGGCGGCGGGAGGAUGAGCGGCGUCGGCGCGGCCCCGGCUCCCUCUCCCGCUCCCAUCCCUUCGGGACGCCCUGGAUCCGCGGAGGGAGGCGGCAGCAGCGGCGGGGCCCGGCAGGAACCCAUGGAAAACGCACGCACACUCACUCCCACGCCUGUGCCCGCAGCACCGAGGAUCUCGUAGGCGCUCAGGCUGAUGCUUACCCGCGAGCGUGAGGAUGGCACCGGGCCCCAGCACUGCGCCGGGAAGGGGGCUGGUCUGGGCCUCUUCUGGACCUCGAGCCUGAUGUCUGACCUCGGCAGAGCAUCCAAGGGUGUGACGAGUGCUGUGGACUUUACAUCAACCCAGGGGCCGACUGGUGUAAGAAGAGAGCCAUCUCCUGCCCAGGGUCCCGGACGGGGCCCCGGGGGCGGCAUGGCCUCGGCGGAACCCCUGACGGCUCUGUCCCGCUGGUACCUCUACGCCAUCCACGGCUAUUUCUGCGAAGUGAUGUUCACGGCGGCCUGGGAGUUCGUGGUGAACUGUAACUGGAAGUUCCCGGGCGUCACCAGCGUCUGGGCCCUGUUCAUCUACGGCACGUCCAUCCUCAUCGUGGAGAAGAUGUACCUGCGCCUGAGGAGCCGCUGUCCCCUCCUGGUGCGCUGUCUCAUCUACACGCUCUGGACCUACCUGUGGGAGUUCACCACGGGCUACGUCCUCCGCCAGUUCAACGCCUGCCCGUGGGACUACUCUCAGUUCGACUUCGACUUCAUGGGCCUCAUCACCCUGGAGUACGCGGUGCCCUGGUUCUGUGGGGCCCUCAUCAUGGAGCGCUUCAUCAUCCGCAACACGCUGCGCCUCCGCUUCGACCAGCGCGCCGAGCCGGGCGGCCCCGGGGCCCCGCUGGCCCUGGCCAACGGCCACGUCAAGACAGACUGAGCGGACCCCGUCCGGGGCCGUGGAGGCUGCCGGGGACGGCGGGGGGCCCCCCUCCCGUCCAUCCCUCCUCCCACCCCCUCCCCGCCCCUUCCCGCCCCUCCCCACGGCCCUGGGCCGAGGCAGGGGUUGGCCGGUUUCGUUGGGCAAUAUUCAGGUGCUUGCUUGCAACCAAUACCUCCCAGGGGCCGAGAAGGGGGUGCGCCGGGGCUGAGAGUCCAGCAGCGGCGCGGUGCCCGGCAGGGGGAUUUGCCCCCGCCUGUCCCCUGGUCCCUCAGCUGAUUCCCUGGUGUUGGCUAGGGCACUCUGGUGCUGGAUCCUCCCCCAGCCCUUCCCCACGGGGGAUGACCUUCCCUUUGGUUUUCUAAGGGCCUUUUCCACUGUUUGAGUUUCCCUGACCUCCUCCUCCUCCUCCUCCACUUCUUUCUUCUCCUCCUCCCUCUCCUGCUGCCCCUCCCCAGGCACCAGCCUAGCGGCUGACCGAGGAGAUGCUUGGCCCGUUCUCCCCCUUUCCGCUCCUCAGGCUGGCACCCGGCCCUGCGACAGCCUGGAGCCAUCCAGAGCCCGUGGCCCCCAGUGAGAAUCGAAGGAGAGAACCUUAGGGGCCUGCGACCUCCUAGCGGACCUCCGCAGUGUCUUUGGCGGUGGCUACCGGACCUGGCUCCCACCAUCACCACCCUCCCCGUGACAGCCAGCCCUCGCCCACAGCCCGCCGGGAGCCUGAUUCGGUGGUGGCGGGGCUAAACCCAACUGGGGAUGCUUGAGCCCAGGGUGAGGGCCAGGAAAAGAAGACUGGAGGGGCCCGUUUCCCAGAACCUUGGAGGGCCCUUGAAUCCUCCGGGAAAACCCCUUUAGGGGUCGGGCCGAGGAAGCGACCGGGCCUCUGGAGAGAGCGAGCGAACUGGGCGUGGCGUGGCUUGGAAGUGAACCGGCCGAGAGCCCUCGGUGGGGUGGGGGGGAGGGACUGAGGGGGGGAACGGCAGUCAAUCAGAGCAGAGGGGUAGGAUUUAGAGGAAAGGGGAGCCGGUCGGAGGGUUGGAGCUUCCUGCUGGGAUCCUUCCCAUCGACCUCUAGGAGAAGGAAGGAGAGAAGGACCCAAAGAUACCUACAGUUGCCUACAGACCCUUUCCAGCCUGAUUCUUUCAGGGUGGUCCCUCCCAGGAGGGCUGCGAUACUCAGCCCAGGACUUCGCUACGACCCCCGCCCGGCUCCCAGCUCCCAUGUUGCCUUUUCAGGGGUGUCACCCUUCUGGGCUAAGCCUAUGAGCUCGCUCCACAGUAUUAAACCCCUCCUUCUCCCAUUAGGGUGAGUCUUCAUCCCCCUCAGUGCUUCCCGUCCCGCCACUCCGCCACUCUGAGCCAUCCGUGCUGGCAAUGGAUGCGUCGGCCUCCUCCCCUCCCCGUCCCCAAGCGCCCCACCAGCAUGAGGAUGAAUCGGCGCCCUGUGGUACCCAGGUAGAGGCUAGCGUGUCCCCCCCACCCCAACCCUUUUUAUAGCUCAUUAAAAGAUGAUGACAUCA